AUGGACGAGGCGUCCGAGAAAGGCAUCGCUUCUCUUACCUCGAAAAUUAGAGUUUAUGGGUUUGCAUUCGUAGAAGGCGUUCCGCACGAGAACGCUGAAGAUACGAAAAAACUCUUGGAACGCAUCGCCUUUAUCCGCGAGACGCACUACGGCGGGUUCUACGACUUCAUCCCGGAUCUGGCCAAGGCGGAUACGGCCUAUACCAACAUCGCCCUCCCGGCUCAUACCGACAACACCUACUUUACUGACCCAUCAGGCCUGCAGGCUUUCCACAUGCUGUCUCACAUCCCUCCGCCGAACUACUCUCCUGAGGAUGGGCCCAUGGGCGGCGAGUCGCUUCUCGUAGACUCCUUCUAUGCCGCCAAGAUCCUCAAGGAGCAGGAUCCCAAAGCGUACCAUAUCUUGUCGAAAGUGCGGCUGCCCUGGCAUGCUAGUGGCAACGAGGGCAUCACCAUCUCGCCUGACAAGAGGUAUGCGGUUUUGGAGCUCUCCGAGGAGACUGGCGAGCUGCACCGAGUGCGUUGGAACAAUGAUGAUCGUGGAGUCGUGCCGUUCGACAACGGCAUCGAUCCGGUCCAAUGGUACGAUGCGGCUCGCAAGUGGGAAGCGAUUCUACGGCGGCCUGAUGUCGAGUAUUGGACCCAACUUCAGCCUGGACAGACUCUGAUCUUUGAUAACUGGAGAGUCAUGCAUGGCAGGAGUGCAUUCGUGGGAAUGAGAAGAAUGUCUGGAGCAUACAUCAACCGAGAUGACUUUACCUCACGAUGGCGAAACACCAAUUACCCUCGUGAGGAGGUUCUCAAGCGUGUGAUCGGGUAG